AUGCCUUCUAAGAAGAGACCUGAGAACAAGAUUCCUCUCUUCACCAUCGGAGGUUACAGCAAGAAUGUGACUGUCUGUAAACCAGGAAGUGACCAUCGGGAUCGUUCUCUUUCCAUCCAUUCCUGUCCACUGCUCAUGGCACUCCGAGGCUGCUUGGCUGGUGAAAACCCAGCCAGAGAACUCCUGACCUUUCCUGUGAGACCCUUGACCCCUGGUGGAAAAUUCACACUCCCACUGGGCCCAGGCACCUCCCUGCCUGACUUGGGGCCAGAUGACAUAGGAGUUGUGCAGAGCAUGCGUAUCUUCCCAGGACAGCAGAACAGCAGGGAAGAAAGUGGGUUCUCUGCCCAAUCGCCCCCAAAGAGCCACACAGUUCCGCGCGCGUCGCUCGUCGCCCCUGUGCAACGCCAAAGGUUCCCGGAGCGCGCCGGCUCCGGAGGCUUCUCGGCGCCCCGCCCAGGGAACCGUCCCUUCCCAGCCUCUCGCAUCGCGCCGACCCGACGCCGGUCUCCCACCCUUCGGGAGCGUCCCCGCGGCCUGCAGAGGCGAGGCGGCGCGGCGGCAGUCUCGGGAGGCGAGCCGGGGACGCCUCCGCACCCUCAGAGCGCCAGCCGCCCGCCUCCGGCCUUCGCAGCCAUCUUCUGCGCGGGCGGGCGCUUCUACGACGGGACCCCGCCUGCGGGGCUGGCGGCCGAGGCCCACGUGAAGAUCUGUCAGCGCUCCGAGGGCGCGGAGCGCUUCGCCACCCUGUACAGCAGCCGCGACCGCAUCCCCGUGUACUCGGCGUUCCGCGCGGCGCGCCUCGCGCCCGGCGGCGCCGAGCCCCGCUGGCUGGUGGAGCCGCAGAUUGACGAUCCCACCAGCAGCCUGGAGGAGGUGACUGAUGAGGCUGAUGCCAUUGCCUCCGUGAACAACCUGGGAAGCAAGCAAGCCCUGAGUGCAGAUUACGUGGAUUCUGAUUACCAAAGAGGACAGCUGUACCCCUUCUCCCUUGGCAGUGAUUUCCACGUGGCCACGUUCGCUCUCACGAAUGCCGCUCCAAUGACCCCGUCCUUCCGGGAGCGGUGGUACAUGAAUCUCAACAGCCUAAUGGACCGCGCCCUGAGCCCUCAGUGUGGCGGUGGGGAAGACCUGUAUAUCCUCACGGGCGCUGUGCCCUCCGACCGCAGAGUUCAUGGCAAAGUGUCCGUCCCUGCGUUUGUUUGGCUGGCGGCCUGUUGCGCCGUCCCUGGCGGCGGCUGGGCCAUGGGCUUUGUCAAGCACACCCGGGACGGUGACGUCAUAGAGGACGUGAUGGUGAAAGAACUGGAGAAACUGCUUCCGUUUAACCCUCAGCUGUUCCAGGACAACUGCGGGGAAACCGAGCAAGACACGGAGAGAAUGAAAAAAAUCCUGGAAAUGGUUAACCAGGUCCAGGACGAAGAGCGAACGGUGCAAUCAGAAGAGGGCGCUAGUGCCCGCUCUGGCACAAAGAGCGAGAGCUCUGCUCUGCUGCCCCCAGAGGCACCUGAGGAGCCGAGGAGCUUUUUGGGCAAGUUUAUAGGCCUGUUUGCGACCCCCUUCAUCAAACUUUUCCAGUUACUUUAUUAUCUUGCAAUGGGCAUCCUGAAGAACAUCAUGUACUUCCUCUGGUUUGUUACUAAGCAAGUGAUUACUGGUAUAGAAAGUUGCCUUUACCGCCUGGGUUCAGCCACCAUCUCUUACUUCUUGGCCAUUGGGGAAGAGCUGGCGAGCAUUCCCUGGAAGGUUCUCAAAGUCAUGGUCAAAAUCAUCAGAGCCGUUCUCCGGAUCCUUUGUUGUCUGCUGAAGGCCGUUUGCCGCGUGCUGGGCAUUCCUGUCCGAGUCCUUGUGGAUGUGGCCACGUUCCCUGUGCACACCAUAGGAGCGGUUCCCAUUGUGUGCAGGGACAUUGCAGUGGGCCUCGGUGGGACCAUCUCUUUGCUCUUUGAUGCUGCUUUUGGUACUAUGGGUGGCCUAUUUCAGGUUUUUUUUAAUAUCUGCAAGAGGAUUGGCUAUAAGGUUACUUUUGACAAUUCUGGGGAGUUCUAGAACUCAAAAAAACUACUAGUGUCUAGUUACAGUGAAUCUGAUUCUUUUUAAUAGAGAAAUCUGGAAUAUUUUGUCUUUGCAGUGGGUUUCUGUUCACUGUCAAUUACCACUAUAUUUUGGCCUUUGGUAGGAGUAUUUGCAUGUUUUCGCAAAGGAACAUGGUAUAAUUGAGACUUGACCUAAGAGAAAGAUUGGGGGUGGGAUUAUGUGUAGGACAUCUUUGAUCUGGGCAGACUUCCACAGCGUUAGAAUCUUUAUUCACUCUGCCACAGAUAGACCCCCUGAGAUUCUCUGGUGUUCACUUGUGAUAAUUAAGAAUUACAGAGAAGGGUUAGAAUUAGAAGGCAACUUCCAAGAAUUUUGAAGCAAAAGAGAAAGGAAUCUUGUAUCUGUAUUCUCUGAGACUUAAGGCCUCAGAUGCCUACAGAUGAGGCUACAGAUGAUGUUGGUUGAUUUCAUUUUCAUUUGUUUCUUUCUCUCCAAAUCAGCUGACCUUGGGAAUGUUGAAAAAUAACUUUCUUAGGGAUAAAGAAUUUGCUCUAUCCCUUAGCUUUCCAUGGCUUCCAAGGACUUGUAAGGGUGCUUUUCUUUUUUCCUCCAAAGAUGAAUUUUGCUGCAUUUUUCUUUUAGGUGGUGAUAAACAUUUUAUGUUAAAUGUGGUAUAACAAAGUUUGAAUGUGAGGGCAACAUAUUUUUGCCCUUUGAACAGUGUAAAAUAGUCCUCUCGGGUGUAAAGAGAAUUGCAAGGGUCAGAGAGAGCCCUGCUCUGAGUCAGUGCUGCAGGUCUGAGAACCUCCUUAGCCAAGCUUGGAUUAACUUGACGUAGAUUAAAUCUUUCACUGACAAGAAUGAGCACAGAGACUGACAUGUUAAGUUAGUAUGAAAAUUUGUAUUCUUUCAUAUUCUCCAUCAGUCUUUGUUAGCCAUCAGGGAAGUACCCAUUACCGUAAAGCACUCACACCUCUGUCCUUAAAUGAUUGUUUUGGUUUAAGUGUGUACAAAAGAGCCACAAAAGAAAAACUAUUCUACCUAUCUCAGAAGAAAAGUCCAUAUCCAUAUGUAUUUAAGUUUAUAUAGGUAUAAACUUGAUUAAGAAUCACUAUGUCUUAGGAAAUUAUUUUUCUCAUGUGUUUGAGGCUAGAAAACAUAAUGCAAAUUUGACUUGAGAGCUAAUUCCUUUUUUUUUUUUUUUUUUUUAUCAAGCACUAGCACUGGUCAUUUUAAAUUGUGCCCUGAAAGAGAAAGCAGAAUCUUCCAAACUUCGCUCUGCCUUCCACAGCUGAGCUGGAAUCAUCUGGGUUUUUCUGAGCAUUCUAAAGAGCUGCCAUGAGAUAGAAAGGGGCCAACUAUAAAAUACUGAUCUUGGGGAUGCAGGGUACCAUUCAUCUGAAAGUCAGUUGCCUUCACCUGGGAUCCAGAAAGGCAGCAAGAAGAGAAUAAUGGGCCAGUUAUUUGCAGCAAGUCAGAAAGACAAAUGUGAGUGCAGUGAGCUACAUUUUUCUGAAAAAUAAUUGAAUUGCACCCAAAGUAGAAGCAUAGCCAUCCUGAUCAACUGGGGGUACAGUGUUGGGGAUUACAAACAUCAGACUAGUCCAUGAUAGGGAGAUACAUGCUAGCUUUCUCCAAAACUCUUGAUCAGUUGUUUACCAAUACUUCUGUUCGUGAGUGUGCACAUCUGUAGUUGGGCUUCCCUUCUUUUCGGCAGCAUGAAGGUACGUGGAAGGGUGAGGGUUUGCCUUGGUACUAAAGGGUCAAGAAACCUGCUGGAUAGAAGGGAAUCUAACAAGAGAGAGGGUGUGGCCAGACCCUGAACUGAUGAAGACACCGAGGCACAGGGAGGUGCCUGGCUUGCCUUUCGGUUCUUUGCUGGCUGAUGACAGACCAGGAGCCAAGGUCUUCUGUGCAUGUCCUGCCACGCCUGGGAGGUCACAUGAUGUGGUGCAUGUGUGUUACUGCUCAGCUGCCUCCCUGGACCGUGGCGGGGUUUCUCCUUCAUCCAUCAAACAAAGUCUCGGCCCUGACUCGUCAGCUGGAUUCAGCCUGUGUGAUGAAAUGAUUAACCGUCCAUGCACAGCCUCAUGCUUACCGCCUCCCGCCGAAUCUGUAUUCCCUCAGUACUUAUUUGCAUACCGACAGGCCCAAAGUGGGCAUCUGUGGCAGCUUGAGCCCCUUGGCACCAUGCAAAGAACAGACAUCCAAACUGCUCCUUAGGAGUCAUUUGGUAAUGCCUUCUUUUUCACCUGUGGUUGUUUAGUGUCUUAUUUAUUUAUUCUUGUGUGGCCUUUUGUGAAGUCUGGGAAUGGAUAAUAAAGUAAAAUAUAUCCUUAAGGGUAGGUGGCUGAGGCCCUCCACUCUGGACCGUGAGGUUAGCUGUGCCUCUCGUUUACCGGAACUGGCCCUAGCAGGUAGCUGGACUACUGACCUUUCCCACCAAGCUACUUUGGGCUUUCAGGUGAGAAUUUGGAUUGAUGAACCCUGUCUCCGGCUUGAAGAUUUUUCUGUGGCUCUGUUGUGUUCUCAGGCCCAGGGGAGGUCAGCCAGCUCUUCAUUCUUAAGGAGCUAUUUUUCUGGUCUGUGGAUCAGCCACACCGUUGACAGUCCUGUUUUCCAUCGUGCCUUUUAAAUGUUGGCUUCUCACUCACCAUCACCACUUUCACCUAGGGAGUUGGGAGAAGGAACUAGAAUGAAGCACUCAUCAUUCAGUCAGCAUUUCAUCUAUCAGACGUGUAUUUUUGAACAUCAAGGUCACGGAGAUCAGCAAGACAUGGACCCCAUCUUGGAGGAGUUCAGAAAUCUCGUGGGGGGCGUACAUGGUACAAUGGAUAACCUGUAACACAUCACGGCUCGUGAUGCAGUGAAUGUAUUAGCGGCAUGCUUCCUGGAGAACGGGAGGAGAGCCCACAAAACCAUGGAAAUCAGGGAAGCCUUCAUGGAGGGUGUGACAAAAGCCAAUUGGACAUUUUCAAGCUAUGUACAAUGCUGUGCACCUUGCAAUGCUCAAUAAAGUAAUUAUUGACUACCCAUUA